AUGAGAAUGAGGUUGAAUGAUUUGGGAAUGAAUAGAGGGCUGAGGAAGGAAGUGGAUUGUGAACUGACUAGGAUGUAUGGAGAGGACGAGUGUGAAAUACCUUUUGAUGGGGUGGAUUCAGGAAUGCUAUUAUGUGGAGAAAAGGUGGAGGACAGCAGGAGGGAAGGAUUGUUUGUUGAUGGAGACGAUGGAGAUAUGCAUAUUAAGCAGAAAAGAGUGAUGAGUAUGAAAGAAGGUGUGUGUGAGGUGAUGACGAAGAAGGAAGAUGAAAGGUUUAAUCCGUAUGAAGAUAAUUCAGGAACCACGGUAUGCUUGAAGCAAGAAGGAUUCAUUGUUAUUUCGGCAGACACAAGGCACUCUUCAAGCAUGAGCAUAAACUCGCGUGAGAUGUCGAAGAUCUACCGGAUUGGGGAUUUUUUUCUUACGGCAACGGGAUUUUAUGCAGAUGGACAUGAGGUGUAUGUUAAGAUGAAGUAUGAGAUGAAGAAGUACGAGAAUGAUGGCCGGAUGAGCAUACACAGUGCAGCGAAUAUGCUUUCGAAGAUUCUUUACUCGAAGAGAUUCUUCCCAUACUAUGCAUUUUGUACUCUGAGUGGAUUUGAAGACGGAAAACCACAUAUAUAUGAAUAUGAUCCUUUAGGAUCGUUUGGGUCGGUGACCUGCAUUUGCAACGGGAGCGGGAAGCCGAUGAUACAGCCGCUUCUUGAUUCGUUUAUUGACAAGAAGAACUGGCACGGUGCAAGCAUUACGGGUGUGAGCGAGGAGGAUUGUGUGAAGCUUGUUGCAAAGGCAUUUAAUGCAGCAGCCGAGAGGGAUGUGAAGACGAAGGAUGGACUGGAAAUGUAUGUUUUGAGGGAUGGAAGUGUCGAUAGAAGGAUGAUUGCCUUGAGACGAGAUUAA